UCACUUUGUGUGCUCGAGCUCGCCAUGUUUGCACGAAUGGGAAGCGCCGUCCGCGAGAAAAUCACCGUCCUGUACGGAGACUACAAGACGGCGACGCUGGACACGAUCAAGGCCAUCCGCACGCGCCCGCACGUUGCCGCUGGCUGGGCUGGGCUGUUUGGCUCGCUCGGGUACAUUGUCGCAACCAACCCGGCGCCGCAGUCGUACGAGCGGGCAGCCCUCGUCGCCAGCGGAAACGAGCUCUAUCUGCUCUCCCCUGCCGCGCGCAACGCUCGCACGUUCGCCACCGUCCAGAGCGCACGCGAGCUCGCCCAGCAGCACCAAUUAUACCACCUAGACUUGGUUUUAUUCUCGUUGAUACUACGGAAGGACACGUCGGCAGACUGCAAGAGCUACAGACACAAGAUUGGACAGCUUGAAUUUUCACACCCGCUAUCGUUGAGUGCACUCAAUACCAAGGUGGUCGACGUUGGAGCAGUCGGGCGCUGGUGGCGAUUAGAGCGCACGAUGGUUGAUUUUGACGUUGAAAAUUGAUUUGAUAGCAUUGAUGAACCCCUUUGCCAAUUGCAGGCCACGGGCGGCCACUCCUUGUUGCGUCCGUAUUGUAGGAAGAAGGUGAAAUAAUAAUUAGAUCUUCCACUGUCUUCUUUCUAUUGCUUGCUCGGGUGGCUUUCAUUGAUGGAAACAAC